CCAGUCUCAUAAUUUCAUACUUCCCAGCUUCAUCGCAUCGGCGUCAAGGCCAUCAUUACGUGUUGGCUUGCGCGGCAUGACCACCACUUGCAAGAACUUGUGAUCCCUCUCCGUAACCGCGCCUCCCGUUUUUCCGGACGAUACCGUUUGUUACCAUGGCUUCCAAAAGCCGGAGCACGGCCUAUACCAACGAAAAGUCGCGAACACCUCCCUCGACAACCGCAGUUAAACCGAAUGGACGACCUGUGAAGUCCAAGUCAUCUGCACGAGGGUAUGCCUCCGAUGGCGUCAAGAACACAAACAUCCUCUCGCUUCCCGGGAGCGAUUGGCGGCUGCUGGCGGUUCUCACCGUCCUGGCGACCCUAGUGCGCCUCUUCAGGAUAUACCAGCCCAGCAGCGUGGUCUUCGAUGAGGUCCACUUCGGUGGGUUCGCUUCCAAAUACAUCAAAGGCAAAUUCUUUAUGGAUGUCCACCCGCCGCUCGCUAAACUUCUUAUCACCUUUGCCGGCUGGGUGGCUGGCUUUGACGGAGAUUUCGACUUCAAGGACAUCGGAAAAGAUUACCUCGAGCCCGGUGUUCCAUAUGUCGCCAUGCGAUUGGUCUCGGCCAUGUGUGGUGUCCUGUCCAUUCCCACGAUGUUUCUUACAUUAAAGGCGUUCGGCUGCCGGACCACGACUGCAGCUCUUGGCGCAGGACUGGUCAUCUUUGAGAAUGGACUUGUUACUCAAUCGCGCCUUAUAUUACUCGAUUCCCCCCUCGUCAUCUUCACGGCCUUGACUGUCCUGGCCUGGACGAACUUCACAAAUCAACAUGAACAAGGGCCUACUCAGGCAUUCACUCCUAGCUGGUGGUUCUGGUUGGCCGCGAGUGGUCUCGGACUUGGAGCGACGUUAAGCGUCAAAUGGGUUGGCCUGUUCACUAUUGCUUGGGUCGGUAGCUUGACGCUGGUUCAAUUGUGGACGCUGUUGGGAGAUGCGGAAACCACCACUCCGAGGCUGUGGUUUAAGCAUUUCUUUGCUCGAUUCUUCUGUCUGAUCGUCAUUCCGCUCACGUUUUACAUGAGCAUGUUUGCGAUCCAUUUCGUCUGCCUCGUUAAUCCUGGUGAUGGUGAUGGCUUCAUGUCCUCCGAAUUCCAAGCUACCCUCAACUCUAAGGGCAUGCAAGACGUCCCAGCCGAUGUCGCCUAUGGAAGCCGGGUCUUGCUACGACAUCACAACACCCAGGGUGGAUACCUCCAUUCGCACAACCAUAUGUAUCCUGCCGGGAGCAAGCAACAGCAGAUCACUUUAUACCCGCACAAAGAUGAGAACAAUCUCUUCCUUCUGGAGAAUCAGACACAGCCUUUGAUGGUCAACGGGUCGAAUAUCGAGGGACCUUUGGCAUGGGAUCAGUUCGAUCCGACGUGGAUCGAGGAUGGUGGGGUUGUUAAGCUGUACCAUUUGACUACCCAUCGUCGACUUCAUUCACACGACCAACGCCCCCCGGUGACCGAAGCUGAUUGGCAAUUUGAGGUUUCGGCGUACGGCUAUGAAGGAUUCGAGGGCGAUGCGAAUGAUCUCUUCCGUUUCGAGAUCGUCAAGUCCAUGUCUGACGGGGAGGAGGCUAAGAAGCGCAUUCGAACCAUCCAGACCAAAUUCAGACUGGUCCACGUCAUGACCGGCUGUGUCCUCUUUUCUCACAAGGUCAAACUCCCGGAUUGGGGUUUCGAGCAACAAGAAGUUACCUGCGCCCGUGGCGGGACCUUGCCCAACAGCAUCUGGUACAUCGAGUCGAAUGCCCAUCCCAAGCUCGGUGAGAAUGCGGAAGUCGUCAACUAUCGCAACCCUGGAUUCUUCGGCAAGUUUUGGGAACUCCAGAGAGUCAUGUGGACCACCAAUGCGGGACUAGUCGAGUCUCACGCGUGGGACUCCCGUCCACCAAGCUGGCCAGUUCUUCGGCGGGGGAUCAAUUUCUGGGGUAAGGAUCAUCGCCAGAUCUAUCUGAUCGGCAACCCCAUCAUUUGGUGGUCCAGCACCGUGGCUGUGGCGCUAUACCUUGCCUUCAAGGCCAUUGCCGUGCUUCGAUGGCAGAGGAGUUGCGGCGAUUACCAGCAUACCGCCUUCAAACGAUUCGACUUCGAGAUCGGAACGACCGUCCUUGGAUGGGGGUUCCAUUACUUCCCUUUCUAUUUGAUGCAGCGCCAGUUGUUCCUUCAUCAUUAUUUCCCCGCACUCUACUUCGCCAUCAUUGUUUUCUGUCAGAUAUUCGAUUACGUUACCAACCGGUUCAAGAGCUUUGGGCUCAAGGACAAACCCAUCAUCGGGCAGAGCCUCGCGGUCAUUUUCCUCGCCUUCAGCAUCGUCGCCUUCACCCUCUACGCUCCGCUUUCCUACGGAAAUGUGUGGACCCAGGACGAGUGCAAACGGGUCAAAUUAUUCGGUACUUGGGACUGGGACUGCAACAACUUUCACACUACGUAUGACCAGUACUCCGCUGUCAUUGCUCCGAGCGCAGCGGAGGCUGUCCCAUCGUCUGUAGCACCCGCCGCUCCGAUCGGCGAAGCCCAGCAACAGGAGCCUCCUGCGGAGAAUUCGAAAGUGACUCCUCAGGUCGAACAACCUCCCCCAGUGGUGGAUGGGCAAGUUGUGAUCGGUCGGGAGGAGAACGUAGAAUACCAUGACGAGCAUGGGAAUACUUUGAACGACGAACAAGUUUCCGCUCUCCAAGGCAAGGUGUCCUUCCAAACCCGUUACGAGACGCGGACUCGUAUAGUGGAUGCCGAUGGCAACGAGAUCUCGAACGAGGGAGUAGCGCCUCCUCACCCGGACGUCGAAGGACAGAAUCCGGAGACGGGAGAUGUGAACGAAGAGGAGGCGAGCGAUGCGCCCCCGACCGUGCCCGCUGAGGGUGUGCAGGCCCAGGACCGUGUAGCGGACAUCAACUUGGAGGCCCGGCCGGCGAGCGAGGGCAAUAAUGAGGCCACCCAAUGAGUGAACCAUAAGCGAGUGUCGACCUGUACGAUAGAUUUGCUGGCUU